AAAGGGAUCACAUCAAUAAAAAAAUCAAAAAAAAGAGUUCCUGGCUUGACGUAUUCGGAAGAGACAUCACUGAGAUAUCACCAUGUCAGCUGAAUAUAAUGACACAGAAGACAAUUACGGCAAUUACAGUGAAUUUGAUUAUGGAGACUAUGCUCCAGCCAACUCCACCGAUGUACAGGAAUUCAGCCAAGUGUUUCUUGCCAUUCUCUACAGUUUGGUUUUCAUCCUGGGCUUCAUAGGUAAUGGACUAGUGGUGUGUGUCCUGUUGAAGCACCGCAACCAGAGCAACCUGACAGACAUCUGCCUCUUCAACCUGGCUCUCUCUGACCUCCUCUUCGUCUUCAUGCUGCCUUUCUUCUCUCACAAUGCCAGGGUCGGCCAGUGGACUUUUGGAGACUUCAUGUGCCGUUUGAUAUCCGGUUCUCACCACAUUGGCUUCUUCAGCAGCAUCUUCUUCAUGGUUGUCAUGACGCUGGACCGCUACAUGAUCAUUGUGCACGCUCACAGGGUUGCACGUUAUCGCACAAAGAGGGCAGCCAUCAUUCUGACCGUGCUCGUUUGGAUGCUGAGCUUGUUUGUCUCUCUGCCGGAUUUUAUCUUCAUGCAGCAAACAGAAGACUCCCAGAAGUUUGAAUGUGAUUAUCCUGAAGAGAACAAAGUCUGGGAGCUUUACAACCUGUUCACCACAAAUGUGCUGGGUCUUGUGAUUCCCUUGCUGGUGAUGGUAGGUUGCUACUCCAGGAUCAUCCCCAGGCUGGUAAACAUGAGGACCGCGAAGAAGCACCGGAUCGUCAAGCUGAUCAUCUGUAUAGUGGUUGUAUUUUUCUUACUCUGGGCUCCAUAUAACAUUUCCCUUUUCCUGGAGUUCCUCCUGGACAAAGAAAUAAUCCUCAAUGAUGAAACCUGGUACAAAAAUGUAAGGCUGUCAAUAACAGUGACCGAGGCUUUUGCUUACACUCACUGCUGCCUGAAUCCCAUCAUAUACGCUUUUGUGGGAGAGAAGUUUAUGAGACGAGCCUUGCAGCUGCUGAAAAAGUUGAUGCCUGGUUACAGCAGAGAUCUGACAGACAGCUCAUUCAGGAGAAGCUCAGUUAUGUCCAGGGGCUCUGAAAUCACCUCCUCCUUUAAACUGUAGAAGGUGGAGUGCAGUUGUAAGUAUUUUGACAUGAAUGUUUCACCCUGUUAUUACUGCAGACCGUGCAUCAUGUUUGUUUAGUUAAUUUGGUCACUUCUAUUUGACAAAUACCACCUUCAAAAUGUGUCUGUACACUUUUGGACCCUUUGAUUUACAUUGGUUUAUAUUUGAUUCUGACCAUAAGAGUGUAGAAGUAAAUGUUGCCUACUUAUAAAAUUAACAUGUUAGCACUGCUAACUGCUUUAUAGAAUCUCAAGUAUCUCACUAUGUGAUGCCCUUCCUUGUUUUGCUCAGGCUGACUUACAUUAGCUGGUCCAUUAAACUGAACCUGCUGUUUAUAGCAACUUGUAACAGUAUGCUUUGUUCUUCACGCAUUUUUAAUGAGUUUGCAAUUUCGCAGAAAUGCACCAAAAAUAGCAUACAACAGUUUUAGAUUUUCUUUGCACAAAAGAAGAUCUGAAAUAGCUGCAUGUGUGAAUUGUAAUUCUCUCUACUUCCACAUUAUUUUCUGAUGUUUAGCCUUAUAUAGUUCUUUUGCUUGUUGCAUUAUGUUAUGGUUCCUUGCAUUUGUCAUUUUUUUACCAGUGGAGCUGAUUGGAGUCAGGCAUCCAAUCAUCUCUUAUCCCGAUUUGCUUUGCUAAGACAAUAAAUGAAACUGCAGAUCUUGAACUUAUGUCAAAUGAAGGUCAUAAAGUGGAUUGUCAUAUUGGAGAAUUACAUUAUUGCUUUUGAGAAGAAUAUUUGCAGCGAGCAUGUUCUUUUGUUUCUCAUUGUUAUUGCAAUGACAAAUUCUGUACACAGUGAUAAAAACAAAGAAGACCAAAAGUUCUUUGAGAUGGAGGUAGUUGCUCACCAUCGUAAAACAGCAGCAUGAUGUCAUAUAUAGGAACAUUAGUGGAGGUGGAUUUCAUCAACAGUUAGAAUAUUCAGGGAAAGUUGGUCAAGUUAAGCUUUCUAAUUAUUGUUGUUAAUCUAGAUUAGUAUUAUAGAUUUUUAACAGGUAUUUUUUUUUAAAGAAACAAACAAAACAACUCUUUAUCUGAAAACAUUUUUCGGUGUCUCUUUUCUUUACUCAUAUUAACACAAAAGGCCAGUUUUGCUGAAAAAUACAACUCCUUUGUCUGGUGAAAGUACGUUUCAGGAUAAGCAGUAACAAGCCCCUUCAUCUCCUUAAAUUAAAUUAAUCUUUUUUUUUAAAAAAAGAAUAAAGAUAUGACGAGUCCUUUAGGUGAAAAAUGGAACGGUUUUGCCACAGCAUUAAAUAUUACCUGGAAACAGUUCAGUAAUCCAAAAAUAAUGUUUUUUUUUUCAUGUAGAAUUCAAAUACUUGGAAUUUUCAUAUUUUACAAAAUAUUCAUAUUUUGUUAAUAAAAGUUUCAAACGACAUGAGUGACAACUGUUGCAAAACUGAACAGAUUGUGUCACUACAUGCAGACAUGGUGAAGUUCACCCAAUGAAGUUCAAGGUGAGCAUCAAAAUGUCAAAGAAAGCUGACUUAAGGAACAUUGAAGACAGGAUGGUGUGCAGUGCCAAAGGGGAUGGUGUAUGUGUUUCAGAAAAUGAAACUGAAAAUGAGCAUUUAGACAUGCAGACGUGGUCAAGUCAACCUGCUGAAGUUCACAGUGAGCAUCAGAAUAGAGAACAUUUCUACUAAAGUGUCCUGUGAGUGUAGAAUCUAUGAUGAGCAGCCGGGCUGUACGACAGUGAGACCAAGAAGAGGAAGAAACAGAUAAUAAUAGCAGCGAAAAUGAUAAUAAUAAAGUCUCUUGUACUUUAUAUAAAAACCAGCAGUCAUUUUGUAAAUGUGUGAAUUUGUACCACCAUAUGCUGUGUUGUUCUUUGAAGUAUUUGUAAUGAUCUCACUUAAGGACAAACAGGAAGUGAAAUCUGCUUUUCUUAUUUUGUACUUCUCAUUAUCAGAUUGCUGACUUUAAGACUGUUAGUUAAUUCCUCCAUAUCUAAAGAGAUCACAUCAAUAAAACAUGA